AUGGCCGGUAAUAGCAGGAAGUUAUUCAAAUUCGUAACAGAUCUUAGCGUGCUGAAGUCAAGAAAUUAUGGCACUGCUAAGAGAGUUGUGGCCAAGAACCCAGUUGUUGAAAUGGAUGGGGAUGAGAUGACUCGCAUCAUUUGGUCCAUGAUUAAAGAAAAACUUAUAUUCCCCUAUGUUAAGUUGGACUGCCUUUACUAUGACCUCGGUUUGCCCCACCGUGAUGCCACUGAUGACCAGGUCACUAUUGAUGCAGCCCAUGCUAUCCUCAAGCACAAUGUUGGUAUCAAAUGCGCCACCAUCACUCCUGAUGAACAGAGAGUCGAAGAGUUCAAAUUGAAAAAGAUGUGGCUGAGUCCUAAUGGAACGAUCCGUAACAUUUUGGGAGGUACUGUGUUCCGUGAGCCCAUUAUUUGUAAGAGCAUCCCUCGAGUUGUGCCUGGCUGGACCCAGGCCAUGGUGAUCGGACGUCACGCUCACGGAGACCAGUACAAAGCACAGGACUUGGUCAUACCAAAACCCGGAAAGGUGGAAUUGGUCUACACAGCAGAAGAUGGAACAGUGGAAAGGCGUUCCUUGUAUGACUUCAAAGGACCAGGUGUAGCCAUGGCUAUGUACAACACCGAUGAAUCAAUCCGCGCCUUCGCCCAUUCUAGCUUCCAGGUGGCGUUACAGAAGAAAUGGCCUUUGUAUUUGUCAACUAAGAAUACAAUUAUGAAGAAGUAUGACGGCCGCUUCAAGGACAUUUUCGAAGAAAUUUAUCAAAGCGAUUACAAGAAGCAGUUCGAAGAUGCUAAAAUAUGGUACGAACACCGUUUGAUCGACGACAUGGUGGCCCAAGCUAUUAAGGGCGCCGGCGGGUUCGUGUGGGCCUGCAAAAACUAUGAUGGCGAUGUGCAAUCCGACGUUGUAGCUCAGGGUUACGGAUCCCUGGGUAUGAUGACGUCAGUACUGAUGUGCCCGGACGGGCGCACGGUGGAGUCGGAGGCGGCGCACGGCACCGUGACGAGGCACUACCGUAUGCACCAGCAAGGCAAACCCACCUCCACCAACCCCGUGGCCUCUAUAUACGCCUGGACCAGGGGCUUGAUCCACCGCGCCAAACUCGACGACACACCCGAACUAGAACGAUUCGCACUCGCUCUUGAAGACGCGUGCGUCGAGUGCAUUGAUAGCGGUAAAAUGACCAAGGACUUGGUUAUCUGUAUCCACGGGUUGAAGAAUACCAAGGAGGGCAUGUACUUACACACCGAGGACUUCCUACUCGCCAUCGCUGACCAACUUGAGCGUAAACUAACCAAUUAA